GUUAGUUAUCUUAUCUUGGGAAUCUUAUCAGAUCUUGCUGACUCACCCGAUCAACGCGUCUUACCGGCGGAGAAUCAAACAUCAAUUAACUUGUAUUUGCUCUAAAUCUGAGCCUCUGGACCUGCGCAUAACGCCAAUUGUUGACAACAAUCAAUCUGGAUACUCUCCAAUAAUCCUUUCCACCUCACGCUCCUGUAUGUCCACCAUGGCUCUCACAACCCCACGGAUCCUCCCCGAACAUCUCCAUGCCUUUCUGCCCUCCGCGACAAACCGCACUCCUAAUCCCGUUCGCAUUUUUGGAAGCGUCGCCAAAUUGCACGGCGAGACCGCAACGCUAUCGUGCCCAGAUCAUGGACAGGUUACUCUGCUGCUAAAUCGGGAUUCGCACCUACAGAUUGGAAGGAUGGUUGAUGUUGUGGGGAAGGUGGUAGAGCAUGAAGGGGAAACCGCUAUACGCGUCUUGGGUGCAGCGGAUUGCGGGGAACCGAAUGAUUUUGAUUAUAAAAUAUACGAGCGUGUUGUCGAGAUGACACAUCGAUUUAAGAAUAUUUUCUAUACUCCGAAUUCGUGAAUAAUGAAUGAAAAGGUAUCGGAAUCAACACGUUCCCGGUCUUCGCAGGGGUUUCCCUGGCUCGAACGGGAUCUAUGGGCUUCCCUUUUGCUUUCAGGGACCGGCUAUGUCCUGUGAAAUGUGCCUGGUUAGGUUGAGCCGCGGGAUCCGAGUCAGAACAUUGUUCAUCCUGUUGCGAUAUACCUGAUCACCUACCUUACGACACGGCGUUAUUGGCGUACGCGAUCAUGAUUCUAUGAUCAACAUUUCUGUAAAAGCAUAGCUCGAGUAUGGUAAAUAUUGACCAUGUUCAGUAAACUACAAUGAAAUAAUUGGCAUAGAUAUA